AAAAGCACAGAGAGUAGGAAGAAGAUUGUGUUCAGCUCAAUCCACUUCUACUUAAUAUAUAAAAUUACCAUUGCUCAUGUUUUCUCUAUAGACACAGGCAUAUAAACAUUAAUACUACUACGAAUAUCUUAUGCAAAAAUUGCAAACAUGACUAUUUACACUUUUUUUUUUUAAACACAACAACAUAUCCCAAAUUUGGUCUUCAAGUAGGCAACUUUUGAACAUUAAUUCUUAGUCAUCUCCCUAAUCUUGACACUUCCUGCAGCAAGUGUUGAUAAACUUCCUCUUUCUAUGCAAAAAAAUUUCAGUGUGAGAACAGUGGACCCUUUUAGAGCUCUUUAAUGUGCAACACCCAUUCUGACUGCUUUAGUUUUGAAACAGCAAAAUGUUAACUUAGUAUGCGAAGACUGUUUACUACAGGAGACAUUAUUGUACAGAAGACAACCACACACUGUGUGUGGUCAGCAAAAGAGAAAGGGACACGAACCAUAUAAUCCUAAUUUUCUUCUAUGGACAAUUGUGGCGAUCACUUUCUACAGAGAUACAGAGGCCUCCAACAAACCUAUUGUCAACUGUUUUUCUGACACAAUCAAGAAAUACAUCUAUCAGUCUUGAAAAAAAAUAAAGGAAAUACAGCUCCCAAGUUCCUAUACCAAUCAAAUGAACUUGCUGUCUUACACCAAAUUGAAAAGCCAUCAGCAGCUAUCAUGACACCUCAUACCACUGCAACAGAAGAAAGUGAACCCAGUGAUGGGAGCUGGAUAGCUGCACUGUUAAUUGGCAUAAUUUUGUCUGGGAUGAUGAUAGUUAUUAUUAUAAUUCUACUGUGGAAAUGCUCAAAAAAGCCAGCUCAGGCUGAUCCAAACUGGGCAGGUCGCUCUCCAUUUGCAGAUGGAGACAUACCUGAUAUCUUUGUGGACAGUAUUAAAGAAACGGAGCUGGCCACAAAACGUACAUCAGUUCUCUCUAUCUUGCCAUGGAAAUUUAACAAAAAUGGAUCCCUGGAUAAUUCUAAAAGCUCUGAAUCAAAAGAAACACCUGAGAAGCCACCCAGCUGCAACACAAAGGAGAAGAGCAAUCAAUCUACCCCUACACUAAAGGGAGGCUCAGGCCCAUUAGCCGCCAACAUUUCGGUUUCCUCUUCAAAUAUUAUCAAUGUGCCCCCACCUCCUGUUUCAGAUGGACUGAGUGACGUAUGCGACCCUCCGCUCAACCCAAUCCUUGCCCCACCCGAGUCACUUGAUCUGCCACCUCCACCUGACUUGCUUAACGAAGUCCAGGAGAACCACUGUCCCGAAAUCAGCAAAUCUCUUGAAUUUCAAUCAGAAGCACAGAGCGAGUUUCCCCCUCCUCCUGACUUAACCCAUCAAGAUGUAAAUUAACCACUGCUGUCAGCACGGCCAGACCCUGGAUAAAUUGAAGGAGCCUGCUUUGCAACAUACUUCACACUGUUCUUAAAAGUGUUUUGAAGCAAAUGAUUACAUGAGAAGUUGAGAUAAACAAGAACUAUAUGAAGUUACAGCUUUUAUUAAACAUUAGCUUUUCACAAAUGGGAACCACCUACUGAUCUGCUUGAAACUAAUGACUUCAAUACAGAGUAUGGAUGGUAGCUAAAGAAAAAAAUGGGACUAAGUACGUAAAUGGAGGUCUAGUAUUUACAGAUUUUAAAAUCUACAGAAACAAAGGUUUCCAUAUAUAUAGUUUUCAAAAUGCAAUGAGUCCAGCUUUAUAGAAAGACCGCUUCUAACUUUUAUGUUUGCUUUUCCAGGCUGUAUAACUUGAAUUAACAGUCACUUUAGCAGCAUACUUCACAUUUACUUAAUUUUAAUAAAAUGUUUGAAUACAAA